UAGCGGUCUGCUUUUACCCGGAAGCGGACUUGACGCACAGUGCGUCGGUGACCGGAAGGGGCGGGGUGUAAGGCUGGCACCUCUCGAAGCCAUGGAGGUGAGGGAGCCGCUGCUGGUGCUGCGCGGCGCGUUACGGGCGGUGCUGGCACGGGUCCGAGAGGGCGAACCGGGUGAGGGCCGUGAGCCGUUCGAGCUGCCGCUCUUCUGGGACGCGCUAGGUCAGACAUUCAAAGUAACAUCACAGGAAGCUACAAAGCUGAGUUUGGCAUUUUCAAGAUCUCCACUGACUUCUGCUGAGGAUUGCCAGAAGCUGAGUGAAGAUGUCCAAAAUGCCAUUCUUGCAGUUGCCACAGUGUACUACUGGCUCCCCAAAGGCCAAGGUACUACUCUUCGGAAGAUGGUCCGAGAUGCUACCACUGAAGUAGUGCAAGGAAUGAUCCAACUCACAGAAACAAUUCUCAGUGCUCCAUUGGAGAGCUUGUCUCAGGAACAGCUUGUAUCAACUGGUGGUGUGUGGGAGGCAUGUGAACAAGUGUCCAGUCUUCCACGAGAUAACCAGGCAGCAGUUGUGUCAACUCUGGCUGCAUGUCUAGGUGUGGUCAAGGAUGCUCUGGAGGAGAUGGAGCAUGCUCUGGUGGAAGGGCAUGACCCGUACAGUGACAUCAUGGAAGAUGAGGAGCUGGGCUUUCGAGGUAACAGAGAUACGUAUUGGUCAGAAGCUGACCGGAAGCUGCUUAGCUCCUGCAUGGGAUUAAUGAAGGCUUCUAAAGCUUGCCUGAAGAAGGUCUUGGGUGUAGUGAAGGCUUAUGGGAAAGCUGAUUCUCCAGACCAGGUUGCUCAGCUGGACGAUCUUGCAGACAUUGCUAAUGAGAUUAGUCCAAGUGUUGAUGAGCUGGCACUGAGCAUGUAUCCACCUAUGAACCAGCUGGCUGUGCGGCUUAAUGCUGCUAAGUUGGCGUCAGUAUUAAAGAAAGUCUUAGAGAUUACAAGGUGCCAGUUGGUACUUGGCUGCGUUGCAGCUAUGAAAAGUGAGAAGAUCAAGAAAACUUGAGGGGGACAUCCAAGGAGGAAGGAGCACAGACACACUCUCAAGAAUUGCCUGUUACUUUCUACAGGUAACUACUACCCAUGUGAGGCUUCCACCAAGAAUAGAAAUAACUUAUUUAUAGCAUUUUGUUAUUUUUAAUUGUUGUUUUUCAAGCAAGACUUGACCUUGUGUAGAUCUGUUAGAGAUUAUCUGCAUAAUUAAAUAGAGAAGGAUUAGCAUAUCUGGUACUAAAGGAAAAUCAGAAAGGCAUCUGAGAGGGGAGAACCCUAACAGAACUGAAUAUUUGAGAGUUAUUUGGAUAAAGAGUCUGGCUGAACUCAGCUAACUCCAAGACAUGGUGCUGUACUAACAUAAGCAUAGCCUUGCUGCUUCUGAAUAAAAAAUAAAGACGCCUGAUUGAGCUGAG